AUGAGUCAUCAUGAGGAGAGAGAGGAGGAGAGUAAAGCAUCAUCUCCAGAACCCAGCUGUGUGUCUCUGAAGAGCAAUGAGUCCAUUGGACUUCCAUUAAUAUCAGCGAUGGAGCAACCUGCAGACACACACGCUGCUGGAGGAGACUGCAAUGACAUCUUUAAACCUCGAUCACAUCAAAGAGACGAAAUCAAGAGCGUUCUUACUAAAGGCAUCGCUGGAAUUGGAAAAACCGUCUCUGUGCACAAGGUCAUUCUGGAUUGGGCCGAGGGAACAGCCAAUCAGGACGUAGAUUUCAUGUUCGCGCUUCCCUUUAGAGAGCUGAACUUGAUUCAAGACGAUCAGUAUAGUCUUCACAAACUUCUGCUGGACUUUCAUCCUGAACGUCAAGAUGUGGACUCGCAGAUUUAUGAGGAGUGUAAAGUUGUGUUCAUCUUUGAUGGUCUGGAUGACAGCAGAAUGACGCGGAUGUUUUCAGACCACAGUGAGAACGUUUCUGAUGUGACGGACGCUUCAUCAGUGGCCGUGUUGAUGUCAAACCUCAUGAAAGGAGAUCUGCUUCCCUCCGCUCUCAUCUGGAUCACCUCCAGACCAGCAGCAGCCAAUCAGAUCCCCUCCAAAUACAUCACGCGUGUGACAGAAAUCCAGGGAUUCGACGACGCUCAGAAGGAGGAAUAUUUCAGGAAGAGAAUCAGCGACGAGCAUCAAGCCAGCAGAAUCAUGUCCCACAUUAGAAGAGCGAGAAGCCUCCACAUCAUGUGUCACAUACUCUUCUGUUGGAUCUCCUCCACUGUGCUUCAGAAGAUGAAGAGUGAAAUGUACAUCCACUUCCUGCUGAUCCAGAUGAAGAUGAAGAAUGAGAAGUAUGAUCCAGAGAGAGAUCCAGAGAUCAACAGAGAAGUGAUUGUGAAACUGGCUGAAGUGGCUUUCAAACAGCUGAUGAAGGGCAAUGUGAUGUUCUAUGAGGAGGAUCUGAGAGAGUGUGGGAUAGACAUCACUGACGCCGCGCUGUAUUCUGGCAUCUGUACUGAGAUCUUUAAGGAGGAAUCUGUCAUUCAUCAGAGGAAGAUCUACAGCUUCAUACAUCUCGCCGUUCAAGAGUUUCUCGCUGCGCUCUACAUGUUUUACUCGCAUGUAGUGAUGAAUAUUAAAGUGCUCAAGUGUUUUUUGGGUGCUGUAAGAUAUAGGCGGUACAUUGGGAGAAAUUCUUUAUAUGAGAUACUGCAGUCAGCAGUUAAUAAAUCCUUGCGGAGUAAAAAUGGACGUCUGGAUCUUUUCCUGCGAUUUCUGCUGGGCAUCUCACUGGAGUCCAAUCAGAGACUCUUACGGGAUCUACUGACACACACAGAGAACAGCUCGGAGAGUGUCAGCAAAGCCAUAAAGUUCAUUCAAGAUCGAAUUCGAUGCGAUGAUCUGACAGCUGACAGAUGCAUCAAUCUGUUCCUCUGUCUGCUGGAAAUGAAUGAUCAGACUCUAUUCGGAGAGAUUCAGGACAAAAACUCAAAGUACGUACUCCGUCCUUCUCACUGUUCAGCAAUAGUCUACAUGCUGCAGGUGUCAGAGGAGGUGCAGGAUGAGUUUGAUCUGAGGAAAUACCACACAGAGGGUAGAAGACGACUCAUACCAGCUGUCGUCAACUGCAGAAAAGCUCUACUUGCUGACUGUAAUCUUACUGAUCAGUUCUAUGAAAGUUUGGCCUCAGCGCUACACUCUUCAAACUCCCUGAGAGAGCUGGACCUGAGUAACAACGAUCUGCAGGAUUCAGGAGUGAAGCUGCUCUCUGAUGGACUGAAGAGUCACAACUGUCAACUACAGAUACUGAGGUUGUCAGGCUGUAUGGUGACGAAGGAAGGUUGUUGUUAUCUGGCUACAGCUCUGAGUUCAAACCCGUCACACCUGAGAGAACUGGAUCUGAGCUACAAUCAUCCUGGACCCUCAGGAGUUCAGCUGCUCUCUGAUAGACUCAAUGAUCCAAACUGCACACUCAACAAACUCAAUGUGGAUCAUGGGGGUGAGCACGUGAUUACAGCUGAAUUACAGAAAUACGCCUGAGAUCUCACACUGGAUCCAAACACGGCAAACAAUCAACUCAUUCUGUCAGAGAAUAACAGAAUAGUGACAUGUCCCCGAUCUAUGCGGAAGCAGGCAUAUCCUGAUCAUCCAGAGAGAUAUGACUGGUAUCCUCAGGUUCUGUGUAGAGAGAGUCUGACUGGACGCUGUUACUGGGAGGUUAAAUUGAGCUGGAUGGUAGAUGUAGCAGUGCCGUAUAAAGAAAUCAGCAGGAAAGAAUAUGAACGUCGAUGUCAGUUUGGACGUAAUGAAAAGUCCUGGAGUCUGAAAUUGCGGUUCUCCGGAAUCACUGCUUGUCACGAUAAUCAGAGUGUUGCUGUCCACGCUCCUUCACGCUUUAACACAGCAGCAGUGCUUCUGGACUGGUCGGCCGGCACUCUGUCCUUCUACAUCGUCUCUAAAAAACACAGACUCACACACCUACACACAUUCAACACAACAUUCACUGAACCUCUCUAUGCUGGAUUUGCCGUACACCGUCACUCCGUAGAGGGUCAGUGUGAGAUUAUAUCACCUUCUGUGUGAUGGAAAAACCUCACCUUUCUUCUCUCUCUUCAGCACAUGCUGCAUUCACGCUGUAUUAUAAUGACCUUUGUCUUGACAUCACGUGACAUUCACGUGUUCAAUGAAAUUACAGCAUGGUGUGAUGUACACAACUAUAAACUGUUUCCCUCUCAUUUUUUGUUUUGAAGUCUAUAUACUGUAGAAAUAUAUGUGUUUGAUUUUGAUCCAGUCCUGUCCUAAAAACAAUAAAGAAAAAGGCCAGUUUUUUAUUACAGUAAGUACAGGUGUAUGUGAAAUCAUUAAUCAUAUAUACUAUCACGUCAAUCACACUCUCAAUGAAAUUUAAGGCUCAAUUAAUAAUAAUCUAUUCUGGGAGAAAUUGAACAAUUUGAAAUAAACAGGGCGGAAGCUUGAACCCAACUCUGUUUAACAGAUACACAUGCACUCUGGGAAAUGUAAAGAGUGUAAAACACUUUACCCUAUGACUGUCUCGGUGUAAAUAUCAGGAGGUUUUGGUCUGGCUGAAGUUUGUGCUGUGAUUUACUCUAGUACCUUAUUACAUAUUUUAUCUUCCUCUUUUUUGUAAGUACACACACAACCAUGCCAAUAAAAUGAUCAUUAAAAAUGUAAAAACAUUCCAUAUGUGAGGGUUGGCCAAAAGCAGGCAGGACAUUAAAAAAAUUAAAUAAAAAAAUGACAGCCUUAAAAAAUAACGUUAGGCCCAUUAACAAAAAUGGCAUAAACAGGCCUCAACAGCACAUCGCUCACAUCACUUAAAGGUCCAGUCAGUGAAAUCUAGCGGCAAGGUUGCGAAUUGCAACCAACCGCUCACUCCACCCCUCCCGCUCGAAAAACUACGAAGGCUGACAGAAAAUUAUAGAUUAUAUUAAUGUAAAUAAUAUUUAUUAUAUAUUAGAAUUAUAUGCAAGGGGACCCGCGGUGUAUGUAGACAGAAAUAGCUCAUUCUAAGAUAUUAAAAACAUAACGCUUCAUUGUGUAAGCUCUUUAAACACCUCUGAAGACAUAGUUAUGUAUAUUAUAUUGCAUUUCUGUCAAUAGAUCCUCCAAAAAAAUACACACUGGACCUUUAAUAUACUGUAGGCUAUGUUGCUGUAUAGCCUUCAGCAAGGGAACAGCAACUCAUUCCUCAAAUCCAAAGCAAUACAUUUACAAUAUUCCAACCCAAUAUGUUUUACAUAACAAUUCCCUACUCCAAAAAGAAAUCACACAAACAAAUAAACGAAACAUCAUAAAAAGAUUCCCCUCUUAGGAACACGAUGGUACUGCCCGACACGCAGCAUAAAAAACAACACCAGUUUCCGUGAAGUUUGUUUAGUGUAAAAGAUGAGCGAUCCGUUAACUAACUUAACUCUUUCUUCACAAAAGUAGUUUAAUCAGCGUAGUUAAGGUUCUUCUCUUUUGACGUCCAUUCAAAAAUAACGACAU